GUGCAGGGGUGGGAGACAGACAGGUUAACCAGGAGAACAAGUGAGAGACUUUCCGACUGUGGUAAAUGCUCCGAAGGAACGAAACGGUGCCAAGAAAGAGAGAGAGUGACUGUGAGGAUGGUCUGGGAAAUGAGAGAAGAUGAUAAUUGAGCUGAAAUCGCAGUGGGGGAAGAAGCCAGCCAUGUUGAGAGCUGCAGAGAGAGCUUUCCAGGUAGAGGGUACAGCAAGUCCGAGACUUUUGAGGCGGAAGACAGUUUUGGCGUGUCCAGGGAACAGAAGGGGGCCAGCAAGGCUGGUGUGUGUCAAGAAAGGGACAGAGAGACUUGAGAUGAAGCUGGGAGGUGUAGAUGAGCCAGAUCACGCAGGGCCCCCUGGGGAAUGACCGGAGUGGAAAGGCACUGAAAGGUUUUAAACGGGGAAGCCAGUUGUGGUAGCUACUUGUUGACAUUGUAUGUUAUUACAUACGGUCUGUUACUGAAAGUAGACCAGCCUUUAGAUUGAAUUCAGCCUCUGGAGAAGUCCGUGCCCCCUCUCCUCCCGUGUUUUGGCCUAGUCUAGUUAUAAGAGCACUUAACUACUCUUGGGGGUCAGGAUGGAUCAGGACCUAAAAGUGGCCGUGAAGGGAAUUAUAGGUCACUUCCGUAGGUUUUCAGAGUCAUUUUUUCAUUCUUUUUCAGCUGCAGUGCUUUAAAGCACUUUAAUAUCUGACUCUAAAAAAGGUUUUUUAACUUGAAGAACAACUAAAUUAGGGAUCACAUUCUCCUAAUACUAAACUCUUUGUUGCUUUCAGAUGUGGGAUUCUUUUUCUGGGUCCGGGUUAGUGUUUAAGGAAACCAUUAGGUGUUAGGAGGGAAGGAAGAGGGACUUAGGCGGACGUAAAGUACAACUAGCAGCAGCUGUUGGUUAAUCAGAAAUGGUAGCAGAUGACGUCAAAUUAAGAUGCCAUUUGAGAAAGAAGAUUUGCUCAGACCGUCAAAUUUACCCAGACCACAGGUAACAUAAGAAAGGGGUGCCCAAGCCUAUGUCUGUGUACUUUUGCAUUAAAUAUUGUUUUAUAAUUAAUGUAGCUUAUGACUUUUACAUAAAAAAUACAUUUUUAAAAAAGGAUCUUUCCCGCUGGAGGAAUAUUUCUGUGAAAUAUUAGGUUAAAAAUUUAUGUUUAACUAAAAUAUUUUAUAAUUUACUAGACCAGGUGGUUACAACUAUUCAAUUUGGUGGAAAAACAAUGCCAAGAGCAGAUAGUCGCCCAGCAGGAACAGUUCCACAACCAAAUUCAAGAAGGUUUCAUUACUUGCAGCAAAUAAGAACACCGGGGAUCUUUUCCCAAAGCAGUGUCUCCCCAAACUACAAAACUGGGGAAGUUUUAAACUAAGGGUACGUGCAUCAUCAUGAGGGGGCUUAAGCAGAGGAGACCUCAGCGUAGAAUUGGGACAAAGGUCCACAGAGUCCAAGCUUUAGUUAAUUGAAGUCCGGAGGGUCAAUAUCAUCAUUCCAUCCUCCACCUGGGUGGGGGCCUGAGUUCCUGGUGUCAGCACUUACUGAAGCUCAGGUUCUUUAUGUCUCAUCCCAGGAAGAAUGCAGUGAGAGACAAAGUGAGAGCGUAUACAGAAGGAGAUAAAAAAUUUAGUCAAGUUACAGACCAAUAAUGCUUCCUGGGCUUCCUGUGAUAGAAGUUGUUUAAGCAGACAAAUAUCUUCAGAAAGUCAAAUGGGUUUUUUUUCUGAAAACAGUGAGAGAAAUGAAUCUGUUAUCAGUUAUCCCAAGUCUAAAGAACCUGAAAUGCAGCAAGAAACAUCUAUGUCACAACCAGACUGCAAUGUGGAUAGUAGCUCAGUGAGCAGUGGGUAUGGUACCUUUUGUGUCUCAGAACUAAAUACCUACAAAUCUAAGGACGCUCAAGAGUUCAUGGAGCACGCAGAGGUUUCUAAAGGACAGUUUGGAGCACCAGUGGUGCAAACGGAGUCACUUGUAGAUGGUGUGAAAAACCAUAGUUUUUAUAUACAUACAAAUGAAGAGUUUUGUGCAUCUUUAAAGGAAGAUACUCCCAUUUUUCCUGGUGAAUUUGAACACAGUUUUCUUGGUGAAAAUAAGAUUUCGGAAGUAUACAGUGGAAAAACAGAUAAUAAAUCUAUAACAUCAUGGGCUCAAAAGCUGAAGCAGAACCAACCAAAGAGAGCACAUAAAGAAGAGGGGUGUUCAAAAUCUAUGCAAGGAAAUGAGCAAACCAAGAAAUCACCAAUUGAGAAAUCUGAUUUCACUGCUGCUACACAUUCUCGAGUUUUUUACCUCAACAAACCAGAUGAGAGUCCAAAUUGUUGGAUGUCUGAUUCAGGAACAGGACUGACUUACUGGAAACUGGAGGAGAAGGACAUGUAUCACUCUUUGCCUGAGACUUUAGAGAAGACAUUUGCUCCAGCCUCCUCCACGGAUAUAUCACCAAGCCAGUCUAAUACUAGUAAUGAGAUGAAGCUACCAUCACUGAAGGAUAUUUAUUAUAAAAAACAGAGGGAAAUCAAGCAGUUACCUGAGAGGAAUCUCCCUUCUGCUUCCAACCCAAAUCAUCCACCGGAGGUACUGACUCUAGACCCAACAUUACACAUGAAGCCAAGUCAGCAGAUUUCAAGGAUUCAGCCACAUGGCUUUUUGAAUGCCCUUGAUGACAGAAUAGGCUUCUCACCGGACUCUGUUCUAGAACCUAGCAUGGCUAGUCACUCUGACAUAGACUCGUUUUCACAAGCAAGUCAUGUUACUUCUCAGUUAUCUGGAUUCCCAAAAUAUCCUUCAAAUACAAAAGUUUCUCCAGUGGACUCUGGGAAAAAUCAUGCAUUCCAAAAUGAAAGUAGGACCAGUUCCACGUUUCCUGCAGUAUAUACUAUUGGUAGUAACGACAUCUCAGUCAACAGUGUAGAUGAAGAAAACACUGGCCUGGUACCUUUUGCCUCAGUCAGUCAGUCCCAGCUUCCAGGUACAGCCAGUGGUGUCCCAGAAUGCAUUUCACUGACUUCCCUGGAAGAUCCUGUGAUAUUGUCUAAGGUUAGGCAGAACCUGAAGGAAAAGCAUGCUCGACACAUCGCAGAUCUUCGAGCUUAUUAUGAGUCAGAAAUAAGUAGUUUGAAACAGAAACUGGAGGCAAAAGAAAUUCCUGCAGUUGAAGAUUGGAAGAAAACCAAUCAAAUUCUUGUAGACAGAUGUGGCCAGUUAGAUAGUGCUCUGAAUGAAGCUACUAGUCGUGUGAGAACACUUGAAAAUAAGAAUAACUUGCUGGAAAGAGACGUGAGUGAUCUUAGAGAACGCUUCAUUGCAGCCAGCAGUGCCUCCAAAAUUUUGCAGGAACGAAUUGAGGAAAUGAGAACAAGUAAUAAAGAAAAAGACAAUACCAUCAUUCGACUGAAAUCUAGACUUCAGGAUUUAGAAGAGGCAUUUGAGAAUGCUUACAAACUCUCAGAUGAUAAAGAAGCAAGACUAAAACAAGAAAAUAAAAUGUUUCAAGAUCUUUUAGGAGAGUAUGAGUCCCUUGGAAAAGAACACGAAAGAGUAAAGGAUACAUUAAAUAAAACUGAGAACAAAUUGCUUGAUGCACAUACUCAGAUUUCUGAUUUGAAAAGAACAAUUUCAAAACUUGAAGCUCAGGUCAAGCAAGUAGAGCAUGAAAAUAUGUUAAGUCUUCGUCAUAAUUCUAAAACUCCUAUGAGACCCUCACGUGCCAAGUAAGUUACUUCGUUUAAUCUCUCUGUAAAGCUAGUAAUAGG